AUGUCGCACGCGACCAAGCAGCUGAAAAAGGCAGCUCGCAUUAUCCUUAUCGGUGCACCAGGAGUAGGAAAGGGCACGCAGUCCGAGCGACUCCUCUCCCGAUUCCCACAGCUGGCUUCAAUCAGCUCGGGUGAUCUGUUGAGAGAGAAUGUGCGCCGACGAACACCGCUCGGCAUGCAAGCCGAAGCCGCAAUGCAGUCCGGCAAUCUCGUCCCUGAUUCCAUGAUCCUGAACCUCAUCUCCGACGACAUGAAAUCCAAAGGUUGGCUCCGCCAGCCCGACUCCCCAGCAUCGGCAUCAUCUCCACCCUCGCACUCUUCUGCAGACACCACUCCCGCAUCAUCAAUUGACCCUUCCGCCUCGUUCAUCCUCGACGGCUUCCCACGCACUUCCUCCCAGGCAACAAGCCUAGACAGCCUCGUCCCAGUGAACUUCGUCGUGCACCUCCUCACCCCGCCUUCGGUGAUUCUCGCCCGUAUCACAUCCCGCUGGGUCCACGAGCCUUCAGGGCGCGUCUAUAACACAGAUUUCCACCCGCCAAAAGUAGCAGGCAAAGACGAUAUCACGGGUGAGCCGCUGACCCAGCGCGAAGACGACUCUCUCGAUACAUGGAAGCAACGCCUACGGAAGUUCGAGGAGACGAGCAAAACUCUCCUGGAGCAUUAUGAUCGUCGGGGCUGUCUUUUCCGCGCUGAGGGCAAUAGCUCCGAUGAAAUCACGCCUAGAUUAUUCGCUGAGAUUGAGCGCCGCUUCUGCUAG